AUGAUGACGCACGUGCUGCGGACAGGUCUUCCCCCUCCCGCACCCAGCGCCGUCGGCGUUCUUUACACCCCCUCAGAACCGGUGCUAUGCAAGCGCUUCCCCACAAUGCAUAUACACCUAGACGACCUGAUAGCCUGCGGCGGCAAUGGAAGAGUCUAUCGCGCUCAUACGACGAGCGGAGAGAAGUCAAGGAUAUUUGCGGUCAAGAAGCUACACACGAACAAGCAAAUAAAGAGACCCAUGUUGCGUCACGAAGCGUGCGCCAUGAUACAACUUCGCGGCCACCCCAGCAUACCCGAAGUAUACGCAUUGGGACGAUCUCAGUACGCCGAGUACCUUGCGCUCGAGCUACUUGGGUCAGACAUCUACACCGGCACCUUGGACACCCUGUUGGGCCUAACCAUGCGCAACCUUGUCGCGCUUGCAUGCCAAAUGAUUGACGCCCUGCAACAUGUCCACUCGCAUGGCAUCGUCCACUGCGAUGUCAAGCCCGGAAACUUCUUGUUCGACCUCAACCUCACGGGGAGAAUCAAGCUCAUCGAUUUCGGGAUGGCGAAGCUCUAUCGCGAUUCGGAGACCCUUGAGCACAGGCCCCAGGGCCGUAUCCCGUACCUUGUUGGCACCAGAAUGUAUGCGAGUCUCAAUGCGCACUAUCAUCUUGUGCCCUCACGCCGAGACGACAUUGAGUCACUCGCACUCACUCUCCUCACGCUCCUCUGCGGGCGCUUGCCCUGGCAGAACCUGCACGGCGCCGCAAUCUUGCCCCAGAAAGCAAAGUGGUCCGGAGGCGCCAUCGCCGUCGGCCACCCGCCCGUCUUCGGCGCCCUCCUGGACGACGCUCGUACAUUUGACUACGACGCAGAACCUCAGUACGCUGCGUGGAAGCAGCGUCUUCGAGGUCUGGUGCCAGGAUCAGCGGACUCAGCCCUGUACGACCCGUCCGACCGUGGAUGGCCGGUCGGCGUAGCGCAUUGGCAGCACGAGUUACUUGCUGUCCCAAUCUCCACCCCGCCGCAGAGCGUCCACGAAGUGCUGCCGGAUAGCGAUGACGACUGGGUCCCGACAUCGGAUUGGCCGGAGCCCAUGAAUGUUCCGCUCGAGGACCUGCUCGGCGACGAGCGCGAGACGGUGGAGAGGGUACUGGAGAAGAUCGACGAGGUCCCCACCAUGGACGAGAUUUGGACGAAUCCGAACUUUUGUGGGCCAGAGUAUAUGGUCGAUUAUUAGGGUAUACAUCGCGUACCCGAUGGCCUUUCGACUUACAUAAGCACGAUGGGCAGAGCAUAGGAACCAUUGUUUGCAUGAUUUUCCCGCAGUCGAUGCUGCAAGGUUGAGUGGGCGGAGAUGGUCCAGCGG